UCGUAUGGCCGUUUGCAGGAGCAUCUGCGCACCGAGCACGGCCAAAAAUCUCAUCUCAUCUCAUCGCAGGGAACGAAAAGAGCGAUAGGUCUCAUCAAUGCAUCGUUUUGCGCAAAGUCCACACAGGGAUAGGACGAGGAUUCCUUUCAAAACAAGACUCACAGCAACACCACGGCGUCAAAACAUCAUCUUGCCUCAGGCCGCCGCCAGUAUCUUAUUUUGAAAGCCGGGCGGGAAGCGGCAUACACCCCCCCGGCGCGUGGUGUUUGUCUUGACAGAUGGCGAGCGCAGCGCGAGACAGACGCUCCUCACCGUGAUCACGGCUGUGGUUUUCUCGCUCGGCUGCUCGGUGCAUCUUACUCUCGCCAUUGUCUGCACGGUCGCUCCAUCGUGUGAAGGCGAGCCCGCAAACCAAGACGUCGUUUCGGGCCUGAUGCUUGCGUUCCAAUAGCAACUCUAUGGAGAAGCGCCUGCGCCACACAACGCGUCUUUUGGAUUAAGCGCUCCGGCCCGGACGGAGCCGAGUCAGUGCGGCGGCAGCGGCGGAGCGAAGGGGGACAUGACCGCGGCUACGAGACGCGGCAGCCGGAGGAGGCGGACGACAAGUGGCCGCCGCUGACGCUUUGCAUUUUGGGAGCGAUCCUGCUUGCCCGACCGCCCGCCCGCCUCCCAGCCUGCCAGCCUGCCAGCCUGCCAGCCAGCCAGCCAGCCAGCCAGCCAGCCAGCCAGCCAGCCAGCCAGCCAGCCUGCCUGCCUGCCAGCCUGCCUGGAGGACGUUGCCUCCCCAUCCGCACUUGUCGUCAGGGACACUUUUACACCCUUUCCAUACUUAGUAUGAAAUCAUUGUUGCAAAUUGAACUGCAGGAAUCUUUUUUCCUCACGAUGAUACGCGACUUGGCUCUGGAAGCAAACUUUUGUUCAUUUUUGGAUUCCCGCAAGCUUCCCAUCCGUUUAUUUUCCAAAUGAGCAGAAUGCCCUAAAUGUCAACUUGCUUUGCCAGACCAGACCACCUCCGGCUCAGCUGCCGCGUGAAGCGUUUUCCGAGCUGAGCUCAAGGGUCCCGCUCCCCCACCCGCCCCGACAGCUCCGACCGAGGAAGGAGGAAUUGCAGAUGAUCAGAAACACCACGGGGUGCGCCAUGGGGUGCUGCGGCGGCAGGUGUACCUUGGCCUUCAUCUGUGGCAUGCAGCUGGUCAGCGUCUUUGAGCGUCAGAUGGUGGACUUCCUGGGCUACCAGUGGGCUCCCAUCCUGACCAACUUCCUGCACAUCAUGGCCGUCAUCCUGGGCUUGUUUGGCACCGUCCAGUUCCGGCCGCGCUACGUCACCGGGUACGCGGCCUGGCUGCUCAUCUGGAUGACUUGGAAUGUUUUCAUCAUCUGCUUCUACCUGGAGGUGGGCCAGCUGUCCAAGGACUCCAACCUGGUGCUGACCUUCAACCUGUCCAUGCACCGCUCCUGGUGGAUGGAGAACGGGCCCGGGUGCAGGGUGACCCCCGUGGGCCCUCCUCCCUCUUGGGCGCCCGAAGACCACCGCUACAUCUCCGUGUCCGGGUGCCUGCUGGACUUCCACUUGGUAGAAGUGGCCCACUCAUCGCUGCAGAUGCUCCUGGCCUUGGCCGGCUUCAUCUACGCCUGCUACGUGGUCAAGCUCAUCUCCGAGGAGGAGGACAGCUUUGACUUUAUUGGCGGAUUCGACUCGUACGGCUACCAGGGGCCCCAGAAGACGUCCCACCUCCAACUCCAGCCCAUGUACAUGCCGAAAUAAGACAAGGGGCUGCCGCUGCUGCUGCUGCCUUAGCACUUCUUCACUUGUUUUCAAUGUUAGCUAACAGGGAAGACUGACACGCCCAUUCCAUCCCAUUCCAUCCCAUUCCAUCCCAUCCCAUCCCAUCCCAUCCCCUCCCCUCAACUCCCCUCCCCUCCCCUGGCUGACCACGAAACACUGCCCUCUGGUGGUGUGAGGCGCUAACGCACGGGAACAACCUGCUCCUUUCCGCUGCGUUUUGAACCGCUUUCUUGUGUUAGCGGAACAUCAAUACCCUGUUGGCAUUUUGGAGGGACUUUUUCUAGUGCCUGACACACUUGCUGACACCAACUAAGGAAUGUCAGACGUUUGUUUGUGGGGUUCUUUUUUAGUGACGUGUACAAAAAUGUGAAUCUUAAUGUUUACAGUCCAAGGCCGUGCGACUAGGAGUCAGUUGAAUGCUUUGUGUGCGUGUGUUCGGGCCUCUGCUGUCUAAAUACUCAUUUGUCUUCCGCGAAUAAGCGAAAAGCGGAGCGCCAAAGACGGAAGCUUCCAUCUGGGACCAAGAAAUCUUCCAAAAGGUCCAACAAAUUAACGGUGACAAUCACGAGGCCGUUUGACAGUUUCUGUUGGAAAUGUCCGGAUGGCCUGUCGACUUUACACGGCUUCGGGGGUAGUAUCAAAUGUCAGGACGACCGUAGGGCCGGCCGUGUGAGUGUUGGCUGAGCGAUGCGGAGCUAUGGAUUUUCUCUGAUGGUACACUUUUACAACCAUUAGCCGGACCAUCUAACUGAUUUAAAAACAACAACAACAAAUGGCUCCAGAUGGGGAAAAAAAAAAAAAAUUGCCCGCCCAAUGACAUAUCAUUCUUGUCAUCAUUACGCCAUCACAAUUGAAUUCCGCGCCUCAGUUUCUUCUUCACAUAAAUAAAGAAAGCAAAAGCUGGAUGCUAGCUGGACAUUUUGGACUCUGGACCAAACGUUGGAGGCCUUUCUUGUUUACCAUGUGACUCUUGUGUGGAGACUUGAAAGACACUUUCCUUAAAGUCUUGUCCGCUGGGGACUUGACAACGUUGUGUGUGUUUGCAUGAGGUGUCAAGUUUGCAUACUUACUGCAGUGGCCUCAUGCCGCUCACGCGUUACUAGGCAACGAGGGAAAAUGUCCUCGAUGUGAACUUUGUUGUUUUUGAUUUUUAUCCCACUUCAGUGAGAAAUGCCCACAGGGGUAAAUAGUUAAAAAACGAAAUUGUGACCUUGAA